AUGGAUGAACGGAGGACCGUCGCCCAGCUCUUCCUCGUCAGGGAGAGCUACCAGCUUCAAUCCUCCAAGAACAGGAAACGAUUGUGCGCCCUGGAACUCAAGGAUCGCGGGACUUCGCUCAGGCUCCGGGGCCGUGGGCUACACGUGAACGUGUGGGUACGUUCGUGGUUGGACUACAUUUCCCACAAGCCUCAGGACGUUCGUGGUUGGACUACAAUUCCCACAAGCCUCAGGACGUUCGUGGGUGGACUACAUUUCCCACAAGUCUCAGGACGUUCGUGGUUGGACUACAUUUCCCGCAAGUCUCAGGACGUUCGUGGUUGGACUACAUUUCCCGCAAGCCUCAGGACGUUCGUGGUUGGACUACAUUUCCCACAAGCCUCGGGAUGUUCGUGGUUGGACUACAUUUCCCACAAGCCUCAGGGCAUCGACAGAACGACCUUCUGUUCCACUUCCGUUGUUGCGGAGGUAUUGGGGCUGGCGCCAGCGUCCCUGGGGAGCAUGUCUGUGGAGCUCCUCACACUGUUCCGCCAGAAGUGGAAUUUCCUGGCCAGUUCCUACAGUUCUAACCAUGGACCAUUUUUUUCAUUUCUUUCAGAUUUGGAGUGCAGUUAUGAGACAAAGAGUUUAUCUAUAGGAAAGGAUAUUCUUGAAAACAAUGGUUCUCAGUUAGAAAUAAUAGAAGGCAGCAAAUUUUCUGAUCUCAAAAGGUCCAUUUCCAGAAAUAACUCACAGAGCAAAAUCAGGAUUGAAAUAUAUAGACCUGAAGUAGGAUGUUUCAAUCCAAUGAAAAUCAUCUGUGGAAAAGUAUCCAAGUACAAAAAUCACAGAUUUCUUAGAUAACCUCAAAGAAGGCAUGACAGUGAGAAGUCCUUUGAAUAUAUGGAAUGUGAAAAAUUCUUCAAUUCUGUCAAAUUUGAUGAAUAUCAGAGAAUACAUACUGGUGAGAGAAAGUAUGAAUGUAAUGAAUGUUGGAAAACCUUUGGGAUAGAUAAGUCACAUAUAGUACAACUGAAUAUUCAUACUGGUGUCAGGCAUAAAUACAUGGAAUACGAGAAUACAUUUACUUUUAAUGAAGACCUUCCUGUAUACCAGAAAUUCCAUAGUAAUGAGAAGUUUUAUAAAUGUAAGGAAUACAAAAGAACCUUUGGAAGAGUUGCAGAAGUUACUCCACUUCAAAAAAUUCAUGAUGGUGAGAAACCUUGUGAAUGAUUCUGUGGGAAAUCCUUUAGAUUAAAUGGAAAACUUACUCAACAUCAGAAAAUCCAUACAGAUGACAAACCUUACAGGUGUAUGGAAUGUGACAAAGUCUUUAGAUUUCAUUCACAACUUACUGAACACCAGAGAACCCAUACCGGUGAGAAACCAUACAAAUGCUGACAUUGUGAUAAAGUUUUUAGAAUUAGUUCACAGCUCAUUGAAGAUCAGAGAAUUCAUACUGGGGAGAAACCUUACGCAUGUAAAGAAUGUGGAAAGGCUUUUGGAGUCUGUAGAGAACUUGCCGGACAUCAGAGAAAUCUGCCUGGCAAAAAAAAAAAUCCCUAUGAAUGCAAGGUAUGUGGAAAGGUCUUUAGAAACAGUUCAUCCCUGACUAGACAUCAGAGAAUCCGUACUGGUGAGAAACCCUAUAAGUGUAAAGAAUGCAAGAAAGCUUUUGGAGUAACUAGUGCACUUACUCGACAUCAGAGAAUCCACAGUGGUCAGAAACUUUACCAAUGUAAGGAAUGUGGGAAAUUCUUGAGACUUAUUUGGGCACUUAUUCAACAUCAGAGAAUUCAUACUGCAGAGAAACCAUAUGAAUGCAAGACAUGCGGGAAGGCUUUUCAACAUAGUUCAUCCUUUACAAAACCUCAGAAAAUUCAUACUGGUGAAAAAUCCUAUAGAUGUCAGGAAUGUGGGAAUGCCAUUAGUGUGGAUAAGCACCUCACUUAAUACCACAGUGAGUAUCUCACUUCCCCUGGUGAGAAGUCU